AUGACUUCAUUAGCGGGUUGCAAAUGUCUAGUCACGGGUGCUUCAUCAGGCAUCGGUCGAGCUACGUGUCAGGUCUUGACGGAACAAGGUGCAACAGUUGUCGGCACUGGACGGGAUGAAGAAGCAUUGAAGAGUCUUAAAGAUGACGACAAAGCGAUUGUCGGAUACAUUGCGAUAGAUCUUGCCGAGGAAGACGGUGCUUGUCCACGCGUGGUAUCAGAAGCGGUCCAGAUAUUGGGUGGAUCUUUGACCACAGUCGUGAAUGCGGCCGGUGCCUUGCGUGGAGGUGCGAUCGGCGGUCCCUCCACAACAUUGGAAAACUAUCAGUUCAACAUGAAGAUCAACACACAAAUCCCAUUUGAAAUCAUCACGGCUGCUGUACCAUUCUUGAAAAAGACGUCUGAAGCCUUGAAAGCUGCUGCUGAUAUAUCUAUGGAAGAUGCCUUUCAUGCUAUUCAUCCAUCAAUCGUCACGGUCAGUUCUGUGAAUGGCUUACAAUCAUUUCCCGCUUGUGCAACCUACUGCAUGUCCAAGGCAGCUGUCGAUCAACUCACAAGAUGCGCGUCUGUGGAUCUGGCACCAUAUGGCAUCCGUGUCAACUCGGUCAAUCCUGGUGUCAUCAAAACGAAUAUUCAUCGGAGAGCUGGAAUGGACGAGGAAGCCUAUGAAUCAUUUUUGGAACGGAGCGUCAACGUGACACAUCCAUUAUCCGCUAGUUUAGGCCGGGUAGGGGACCCCAAGGAAGUUGGUGAACUGAUUGCCUUUUUGGUUUCCAACAAAGCUCGGUUCAUGACUGGGGAAUGUAUCGCUAUUGAUGGUGGCCGACAAAAUCUUGGUGCUAGAUGA